CAUAGAACCGAGCAGAAAAGUCUGUUCACUUCAGUUCAGUGUGCGAGCCAGGUGCGAACGAGCCCGAUUUUUUCUCACAAUCUUGUACGAAUUGUUUACUUUUGAAAGCAUGUUGAAGCAACGGAACUGUGGUGGACUCGCCGUGUCGGAGUCCUGUCGCAGGGGAAGCAAUUAGUGACAGUGGAUGGUGGCUCCAGAGGGUCAAAUGUGCAGUGUAAGGAUUGCCGAUGAUUGGGCCUGAGUGCUACCCGUGCUGGAACCGUGUGUUCGUCGAGGAUGGCCUCCAUGGCGCCAUCGGACUCGACGACGGAGUCGACAGAGAGGCACAAGUCAGAUCUUUAUACCAGACCCGGCUGGGUAGAUGCAGAUAUCGCCCUAGGACAACUAGAUCAGGGGAAAGCCCGAGGAGAUCGAGGGAUUCUGUGGGUGCGAGGCAGAAUUCAACAACAGUUGCGUAUUCUGGGGAAGAUCUUGGACAUCCAUGCUGGGAAAGUCCUCUUCGUGAGUAUACUAGCCAUAGCCACCUUCUCGGUGGGGUUGAAGAGCAUGACCUUUCAUUCGGACAUCGAACUGCUUUGGGCCGAACCGUCUACCACACCGGAAACCUCUUCGGAUAUGCUCCCCAACUAUCAAAUGGUUCUCCAGACAGGGUCGGAUUCGGAUGUGGACCUUCUGAGCCCCCAUGGCCUCCUUGAGCACUUGAGUUUAGUACAGAAAGCAUCACAAGUCACGGUCACAAAGUUCGAUAUCACGUGGACUUUGAAGGACUUCUGUCAGUCGCCUCCGUAUCCAAAUUUCGAUCCGCACUACAUGAACCAGAUAUUCGAAAAGACGAUACCAUGUUCCAUAGUAACGCCACUGGAUUGUUUCUGGGAGGGGGCCAAGCUCCACGGACCUGAUCAUCCAGUAUACAUACCAGGAAUAGGCAACCAGAUAAAAUGGACAAACCUACACCCCAGUGGGAUGAUAUCCCAAUUCAAGCAGAAAACAGCGCAGUACGACUUCAGUAAAGUAGAAGACUACUUCAAACGUGCAGGAAUCACAACAGGAUACCUCGAAAAACCUUGUCUGAAUCCCCGGGAUCCAGAUUGUCCUGAUACUGCCCCCAAUAAGAACCACACCCAUCAUCCAGAUGUCGGAGCUGAAAUAACCAGUGGCUGUUAUGGCUUUGCAACCAAGUACAUGCAUUGGCCUGAAGAUCUAAUCGUCGGUGGUGUUCAGAAAAACAAAACUGGACAUAUCAAAAAAGCUAAAGCCUUACAGACCGUUGUACAACUUAUGAACGAACAUGAGCUAUAUGAAUUGUUGUCUGAUAAUUAUAAAGUCCACCAUAUAAGUUGGAGCAAGGAUAAAGCCACUGUUGUCCUCAAUGCUUGGCAGAAAAAAUUCGCUGAGGAAGUGGAACGGUUGUCCAAAAAUAACCCAUCGUCAUCGUAUGUAUUCUUCACGUUUUCCACUGCAAAUGCCAAUAAACUUCUGAUGGAGUACUCCCGUACUGAUGUAGUCAGACUUGGCAUAGUUUUGGGUGUAGCCUGCCUCUAUGGCUGGGUAACCCAUUCAGCCAUUGCCUGUCUAGGUGUUCUAGUCUUAGCAAGUUCCACAGCAGCAGCCCUAGGCGUUUGUAGCCUCAUAGGCCUUCCCAUGAACUUAUUAAGUACCCAAGUGUUACCGUUUAUAACAGUAGGACUCGCCAUGAGAGAAAUGUUCCUCAUCUUAUCGACCAGUACUCGAAAACUUUUACCCGCUGAUAUAUUACAAAGGACAGGACCUAGUAUUAUUUCGGCCGCCCUCAUAAAUUCCGGUGCAUUUGUAGCGGCCGCCAUUUUGCCCAUACCCGCGUUGAGAGUGUUUUGUUUGCAGUGCGCGAUAAUGAUCGUUUUUCAUGGGGCGGCACUUAUCGUUAUCUUCCCCGCGUUUCUUGCUUUGCAGCAGAGAUGUCAAAAAGCGGAUGUUCCAUGUUUUAGACCUGAAGCAAGUACUAAAGUUUCCAACAACAUCAAUAACAAUAAUAGUCCUGACGUGGAACAUGGAAGUAACUUACUUAAUACGGAGCAAGUUUGCCAACACAAGAAAGGUGGUUUGAUAGCCUGGUGCGUGACAAGUUACUUAACCACAGUUUUAUUUAGACCCUUUAUGAAAGUGCUUAUGUGCCUCACUUAUGCGGUGUUGAUAAUUUUUUGUAUGUUCAAUGGACUGAAGUUAGAAUUUGACGUAAGACUUUCAACAUUUCUACCUAAAAAUACUCAAGAGUACAAAUACUUAGAAGCGCAUAAUAAAUUUUUCGGCUUUUACAAUUUUUAUUUGGUUACCACAGAACUAGAAUAUCCCCUAAACCAACCGUUGUUGUACGAGUAUCAUUCCUCUUUAACACAAGUUCCUCAUGUCCUAAAAGAUUCCAAUGGUGGUCUCAAUAUGAACGACUUCUGGCUGGCGAAUUUCCGAGAUUUUCUGGUCGAUUUGCAACAAGAAUUCGAUUAUAAUCGAAAUAAUAGCUGUUUGAACAGCGAAAAGUGGUUCCCUAAUGCCACUGAAAAAGCAGUAUUAGCGUUCAAAUUAUUAUCACAGACUGGUGUAGUUCAGUAUCCUGUUGACAAAAGUCAAAUAUUGAAAAAAAGACUGGUACGCAACAAUAUUAUAGAUCCAAACGCUUUUUAUAAUUAUUUAUCUGUAUGGAAUAGUAACGAUCAAAUAUCUUAUUCCAGUUCUCAAGGUAAUUUAACCCCAAAACCAUUCGAGUAUGAAAGCUCAAAGGUCGAUAUGGAUUUAAAAAUUCCUAAGUCACAGCCUCUAGUUUAUACUCAAAUGCCGUUCUAUCUUAAGAACUUAAAAACUACCUCAAGUAUUAUUACAACUUUAAAGCAAAUUAAAGAAGUCUCAGAACAGUUCAAUAAUCGAGGAUUGAAGAAUUAUCCUAUAGGAUUAAUUUUCUCCUACUUUAAUCAAUUGUUGUUCCUCGACCGCUAUUUAGCGGCUCAAUUUGUGCUUACUUUCCUUUCAGCAGCUAUGGUAGCUUGCGUUCUCGUUCAAUGGGUCAAAUUAUGGUCUGCCCUAUUUAGCACAUUAGCAUGCUUACUGCUCCUAUGCCUCAUCAACAUUAACGCUCUUAGUGGCACUAUAGGAGCUUUGCACUUCAUUAUCAUUACAAGAAAUGUAUUUCUUAUCCUCACAGGAUAUCUAAGUGCCAUCGGCAAUCGUGAAAGGAGAGUUAGAUUGUCUCUUGAAAUAAAUUCUGAACCACUAUUGAAAGGUGAUUUGGGAUUACUAGUUUGUACUGCAGUAUUAGCUACGUCUCAAUUUGAAUUCAUCCAUCAUCACUUAUUUUCAUUAAUUUUACUGUCAGUAUGUGGAUCUUUGGCAAACUCUUUCUCGUUUUUCCCGUUACUUUUGGCUCUUGUGGGUCCAAAGGCGGAACUGCAGCCUAUUGAACAUACAGAUAGAAUUUCAACACCGCCACCGCUUCCUUCUCCCAUUCCCUCGAGAAACUCAUUCUCCAAACCUCCUAAGCGUAAUCCUUCAAACAAAACUACCAGAGAGCCGAGUUUGACAACCAUUACUGAAGAGAGCUGCAAUCAGAGCAUUGUUGUAGAACCGCAAGUGACUGUGGAGUACAGCAGUCCAGAAUCCAGCUCUAGUGGACCAUUUACUACAAAAGUAACGGCCACUGCUAACAUUAAAGUAGAGUUAGUAGCCCCUGUAUAUAGAUCUGGAAAGUGUAACACCAAAUGUCACCGCUCGUUUAAGUGUGACAGGCGGAAAAGACAGGAACAAAACAGAACGGAAAAACAGUGUCGAUGCUGUAAAGACUCGAAUAGUAGUGAUAGUAACACAGAGACUGACCAGUGUCCUAGUAGCUAGCAUCUCGUUACCAUUUAAGUGUAAAAUAUGUUUAUAGUGAAUAUAUGUAUACCAAGCAUUUAUUUAUUUAAAGAUGAAACCAUGUAAGAUAGUAAAGUAAAUAAUUUUUUUAUAUAGGAGGCGAUGUGGAACUAUUUAUUUUGAACCAGUCCUUGUAUUUGAUUCAGAACAGGUAUACUCCUAUUACUUUUAUUUGGUUAAACAGGCAGCUGUUUGUAUUAAAAUAAAUAAAAAUUGAUCAAAUUGAAUUUUCAUCUGUAUAAUUAAAAGGUAUCUGACACAUAUUAUACUCAUAAUAGAUUCUUAAAUUAAAAACGCGAAGGUACUAUCUUUUAGUAUGAUAUUAGGUGCAACCAAUAAGAGUUUUUUUAAGUACUGUUAUUGAUGUUUGAUUCAAAUUGUUUCCUGCUUAUAUUGUCAUCAAAUUCAACUAGUCAAUUAGUCAGCCAUACAGUCAGUACCUGUUCUGAUUUUCACAAGAAAAUGCUGGUGGUUUGUUCAAUUAAUCCGAAUGAUAAGAAGCAUUGUCCAUAACCAUUAGGAUUUAUCUUGAAUUUUGGACAAAGCAGGCAUAAACAAUUUGUAAAUAGUAACACUGUUUUUUUCUCCAAAAUUAAGAAAUAAAAAUAACAAGUACUAAUAAAAAAAUAAGUUUCUAGUUAAGAUGAAAACUUAAAAAACGUUUGAGAAGCAACAUAGCAAACCUAAUUCGUAAACUCCAGGUAUUCCAAAAAGAAGUGAAAGGAGUAUAUCUUGGUAUACAAAAAUGCUAGGAAAAUAAUACAAACUAUGAUUUGGUAAAAAUGCUUAUCACAACAUUUUAUUUUAUCUACAGACUCUUUUGUUACAAAAAUUAUUUUAUGUAUCUAAAAACUUUAUUAUUGGAAAAUAGACGUCCACUGAGUUAUUUAACUAUAUGAAAUGAAAAAAAAAAAAGGUGAGUAAGGAGGGUCAGGUAAUCAUUUAACAUCUUGUGAGAUCAAUAAGUAGUAGAAUAUCGCAGAGGUAGACGUAGAAGCAUUGUCAUAUUGCUCUAAUAGAAUUGACUGUUUUUUCUAUUAAAAAAAUAGCAACAUGUCCACGUUUUGAUCUUCUCACUUAUCUUAGUGAAAGAUCAUUUCAUCCACCGCACUGUAAAUUUCAGAUAUCUAAUUUGUCACUAUGUUGACAAUAUAUUAAAAUACAUAGCUUUUUUUACCUUAUCCUGAUUUUCUUUGGUAAUAAUGUAUCAGUAGUGGACUAUUUAGUAUUUUUGCCCAAUCAUAUGUUUAGGUGGUAUUAAUAAAUACAAAAUAAUAGGCAUUAUUAUCUUGGAUCUGUGCUUGUGAAAACGAGAAUUAUAUUUAAACAUAUUAACGAUUCCGAUGGUAUAUUCAACCGCAAAAUGAACCAGAUAUUUGAUUUUUGUCCCGCAAAUUAUAUUUUCCAAAGAUGAUUUUUCAUAGAAUGAAAUCAAAUUUAUUUGAUUUUGUAAAAAUGUCUUUAAUUAAACAUUAUUAAUUGAAAUUUUUGUUAUUGAUAUUUUUUUGAAAAACUUUUGACCGGUUAAUUUUGCGGUUGAGUAUAUAAUGCAAAUUGUAAGAAAUAAAUUAAAAAAUUCAGUAUAUAGGUAUUAUAAAAUUCUUUGAAACUCAUGAUAGAGGUACAAUGAUUCAGCAUGCUACUUAAUGAUUUUUAUUUAUGAUAUGUAUUCUAAGAUCUCCAUUUGACAUUUAUAAAUUUUUAACAUUUUCCACAAAGCCUAACUGAUGUCUAAUUUUCGCCAUUUUUACAUUGUAAAUUCCAUACCAAUAACUUAAAAAAAAG